AUGGCGGGACUUCUCCACUUAACUGUGGACGUCUCUGGCUUGACCAUUCCCCGCUGGAUCAGCAGCCACCUCGCAGCCAUGCUACAGCUACACGCGUUCGCAGAUGCCAGUCGCCGAGCAGUAGCAGCCGUUGUAACAAAACUAGCUUCGAUCAAGAGCUUGCAGCCGAGUACCUCACGACCCACGCAGAUGACGAUACCUCGAUUGGAACUACGGGCUGCACUAUUGGCUACCAGACUCCUCGCCACAGCUGCCAAGGAGUACAGUAUCAGCGAAGAGCACUGUCACGCUUGGAGUGACUCACAGAUAGUGCUUCAUUUGAUCCGUUCGUCCAAGCCCACCAACAACUCACUGGUGGACAACUAUGUAGCGCACAUUCAGGAGUUGCUACCCUCGCAUAUCUGA